UCUAGUCCUCCGGAGCACUCGCCGCCUGAUCCUCAUCACGCCUCCAACGGGAUGUGGACGCACUAAAACCGCAUCCCUUCGAAAAUAUUUUGAGCAGUGCAAUUUAUUUUUAUUUUUUUUCACAUUUAAAUCCGCGAUGAAGGCUGUUCCUCCUGUCCGCUCCCCGGACUCCUCCUCGUCCUCCUGCAGGGAUCUCUCCCUCCAACAUUUCCCCAAGCAGGGCUUCCACGUCGCCCGGUCCAAGAUGGAGGAGGAGGACCGCUGCUGCCUGCAGUACGACAUGAACGACUGCUAGCGACUGAAGCGCCUGGUGCCCACCAUACCGCAGGAUAAGAAAGUCAGCAAAGUGGAGAUCCUCCAGCACGUCAUCGACUACAUCCUGGACCUGCAGCUGGCCCUGGAGACGCCGUCUCUGCACAAACAGGCGCCUCAGUGGACCGGAACCUGCGCUCCUCCGGCGUCCAACCCCGGCCGGACGCCGCUCACAGUCCUCAACACCGAGCGCCACCAGAGGACGUCGAUCGCCAAAAAGCCGGAGGACUCGAUUUUAUGCCGCUGAGACACUACAAGCACCGCAUUGGUGUGCGGGCUGCUCAGAGCCGCUCCAAAAGCCAGCAAAGCUUCGCCAGGGACUCACGGCCGACUGGAGGCACAAUCACGACCGAAUUUGGAAAACCACUGGAAGGAACUAAACUCGCAUAUAAUGAACAUUUUCUGUUCCGCAGAGCAUGGAAUUCGCAUAAGACCCUUCUAUCAACCCCAUAAUUGUCAUAUCAGUUUGGUUCUUUUGGUAAUGACAGUCUGGAGUCACCAUAUUGAAACAUUCUUGUUUGUGCUUAAAGAAAAAAAAAAAGUGAGUCCAGUUUAAAGCUUUACUAAAUUUGUACAUUUCUUGUGGACAUCUAUUGUUUAAAAUAGAUGACGUGUGUUGGGAUCUUUAAACUAUUUGAAGGACAAUUCAAUUCGAGUGUAUAUAAAGAGAAAUAAAUGAUCUAUGGGAUUAAAAAAAUAAGCUAAAUGAAUACAUAUAUGCUGGGAAUAGACUAUUGUAAUUAUUAAGAUAUUUUUAUUAAAAACAAUUUUGUGGUUUUGUACAUAUCGUGUUUCCACUUGGAAGUCUUUAAUGUGUUCUUUUGUCCUCACACACUAUGGUUUUUAAUAUGUAGCAUGUCGGGCUCAUGGAAGAGUUUGUCAAAUGUGCACUGAAGCAGGCCUCACUUUGUAGAUAAUUCAUUCGCUCACUUGUUGUUUUUUAUACUCGUUAACUAUAGCUUUGACCCUUUUGGGGCAAUAGGCUGCUUCAUGUUGUUGUUUAUUUACCAAGUAAAAACAGGCCUGAUUUCAUUAUGUUACGAAAAAAAAAAAAAUACAGAAUACGCAGCACUUCUUACAAUGUAAAACCUUAAAAAUGCACCUCUGGCAUCUUGACAGGUUUGUUGGCGAACAAAAAGCGAUUCCGGCCGGCGUAAAAGUUCAAUAACGAGCCUUUAUUUUUCAUGACAUUGAACACCGAAUUUACCUCACCACCCUCCUGCCGGAGUGAGAGGGCGCAUGUACAUGAGAGUCAGCUGCACUGUUCCAAGUCAUCUUCACUGGCUGGCGAGGAGAAAACUAUUAAAGUUUGCAGGAA